CCAAUCAGCAUCUAUCUGGGGACCAUCUUAUACACCAUCGGCAUUCUGACAAAGACAAUUGGGGAGUUUCAGCGGAAGAGGUUCAAGGACAAGCCCGAGAUUGUAGGAAAGACCUGCAAGAGUGGCCUUUUCUCCAGUCGGCCUUACUUAGGCUACUCACUGUGACGAGCAGGCUAUGCUUUGAGCUCGGGCGCACCGGUCUUGAGCGCAAGGGUUAGCUUCGUUUCUCAUCUAUGUUUUGUUACGAGAGCCAUCCCGGUCAUGGACAACGAUAUGAGUUGCAGGUAUGGUGAGCAUUGAGUCAAAACCAAGCGCGACGUCCCGUAUGCAUUAGUAGCUGGAGUAUGGUGA